AAAGAGGUGAUGAGAGGAGUGAAGUUCUCCAAUUCACUGGGACAGCGUAUGAUAGCUGGGGAAGAGUAAAGAGCACACAGGCAGAUCCAGGAUACUCGCUCAGAAGAUGAGCGUUGUUCCCAUGAGGAGAGUCCUGAAUGACAACGUGGGCUCCGGCGAGGAUGUGAAUACGAGCUCUGGGAUGGAGAAGGCGAUCAGCAAGGAGCCUUUCUCCUCCCUGCUCCCUCGACUGCAUUCAUCUUCUCAUUCUACAGCCUAUCAUCUAUCUGAUCAGGUUUACCUACAGGCUGCAGAUAUUUUCCAGCAGCUGUGUAGAGACAAGCCAGCCAGCCAACAUCAGCGUCUACAUUAUGGAAAAAAGACGGAAACAUCGCUGCUCAAGAGCGGGGACAAAACCAUGGAGAAGCAUGCCUUCCAGCUCGCCUUUAACACACUUAAAUAUCAAGAUUUACUCGAGGACAUCAUCUCCGACAGCUGCUUCCAUACUUCACAGCAUAUUUCUGACGACUUGCUGCCUUUGGCGAUGGUGAUGCUGUUCGACUUUCAGGACAAAAAGUUUUCUCCGUGUGAACGUCCAACGAUAGAAGAGCAAGAACCCAUCCAGGAAGUCAGGAACCUGGAGAAAAGUCUGCACAGGUGUAAGACCAAGCUGGCUGCCUCUCUAGCUCGCUGCAGAGUGAAGCAGAAUCUGCAGAGUAUCUCCUGCUUCCUGUCCGACAGUGUCAGGACCAAACAGCAGCGAGCAAGAGGUCUGCCACUGUGCGCAUGGAUCAAUACUCUCAAGAUCAGUCUUGACGAGAUGUGUGAAGCGUUACAAAGCGCCGGUUUGUGUCAAGCGGAGAACGUGACCGAACUCAAGGAGUCCACGUUCUGUAGGGACCCCCUCUGUCCCGACACACUCAUCUUCUCGCAGCAUCUUCAAGCUUGGCUCCAGCACAGCAGCCUCACCGCCACACGUGUGCUGAACAUACAGGACAGGAGCGUGUGCGUGGCAGCAAGUGUGUUACGCCCCCUGCUGUUUGAUAAAAGUGACAUCCUGCUAGCAGGGGCCUUCUCAGCCAUGACCGUGGCACACGUCGCUGUUGUGGCUGCUGCCCGCUCGGUCCGAGUGCUGGUGUGUGGUGCUGAGCACAACCCCUCACACAAAGAGGAGAUCCAGGAACUGCUCAAACAGAUGGACUUAAAAAAUGUUCGUGUCCUGUCACAAGUGUUUUACGGUCUGGAUGACGGAGAUGCCACCAUCCAGCGAGUAAAGGUCAUCAUGGUGCUGCCUCAGUGCUCGUCCUCUGCCCUUAACGACCCGGUGCCCACUAUCCACAGUGAACACGGAGACUGGGGUCUGCUGCCAGAUUUGUCCCAUGGUUCUGUUUCCAAGAGAAAAAUAAACUCUCUGACCGCCCAGCAGGCAAAACUGCUGGCACACGCUCUCACCUUCCCAAAGGUUCAGACUGUGGUCUACUGCACACGCUCAGUGUAUCCCGAGGAAAACGAACAGCUGGUGAAGAGAGUGUUAGAGAAAACACACACUCACCCCAAACUGCUGCCCUACAGGGUGAAUGGUCCAAUUUUCCCAGACGACUCCUCGUCAGGAGGCGAAACGGACUCACACAAGUUUUUCAGGCUCGAACCAUCGAAGGUCACCAACGGCUGCUUCGUCGCCAGACUGUCCCGACAGGCAGAUCCAACUAAGGUGGAAACGGUCCAAGAUGUGCUGGCAAGGGCGGCGGCAAAGGGCCUCCUGGGUGGAAUGAUUCCCGAACAAUCAAAAGCUGCUAAAAAGGGGAAAAGCAAGAAGAAUCGAGCAGCAUCAGCCAGCAGCAAACCUUCAUCCUCCUCCAGCCUCGAGAGGGAGAUGGGAGGAGAGCUGGCAAAUGGACGAGAUCCAUUCACACCUUCAGGAGAUGAAGAGGAGAAAGGCGAGGGAGACUCUAAAGAUGGUGUUGAAGAGGAGGAGGAGGAAAAAGUGGGUGAGACAGAGAAAGAGGGGGAAAAGAAGAGGAGGGGGCAUAAAGGGCGUAAGCGAAAAGGCCAUCCAAAGCAAAGCAAGAAGACUACUGUCUCUACGCAUGAACCUAAAGGCCACAAGAAGAAACAGACAAAGAAAAAAGUCAACCAAUCACAUCACAAGAGGCGUCGGACGAAAAGCAAACCGAGACGAAUACCUCGCCUUACACUAGCUUUAAUGUCCUCUGCAAAACCCUCCAACCACUUGUCUCCAAUCACAGCUCUGGCACAGAGGAUGAGCAUCAAUCCAGCGUUUAAAUCACAGCAGACAUUACUCAGCACGCCUUCCCCCGCUGGAAAGCAUCCUUCAGCCGCUCUUCCUGCCAUACCCGCUCCCCACACAGCCUCCACGGGACUAAACAAACAGCCUGAAAGAGCACAGGAAACAUCGAAGGACGCAGCUAAACCAGCAAAAGAGGCGGUAAGAGCUGACAAUGUGAGGCUGCCACCAAUCUCCUCCACCUCCUCCACCUCUCUGCGCAGCAGGAGUGGCAGUUCUGGCUACCGGCCUCCGUCUGGGACCUCCAACUCCCAGCAAGGCAACAUGUCUACAUCUUCAUCCUCAAUAUCUCUGCCUGAUGUAUAAAAAAAAAAGUAUUCUCACUGAUGUUUAAAUCACAGGAAUGUACUAACACCACAUUAAGUGCUUUUUAAUUAUUACAAUAUUUAUUUAUUUUGUAGCCAUUUUUGUUGCUUAGAUUUGUUUUUUAAAUAUAUGUAGUUCACUCAUAAACUACAUACAACUAGUAAUUUAUGUUGACUAAUACACAAAUAAAUUACUACUUGGGCCACAGUGACGCUACAGUUCACUGAAGAGCAGGUCGCAGUAUUUGUCAGAUAAAUGCAUUAAAAUCUAAAAGGCACCAACGUUAAAGACACAAAGUGUAACUACUGACCUGAUUGGUACCCAUCUAUCAGUCAAAGUGGCCACACAACUGAA